CCCAUAAAUCUGUCCUCUUUGUGUUAGUACUGUUUCAUUUUUAAAAGCCAAUCGCCAUUGCCCUGAUAAUUUGAUUUACUUUCAGAUUCAUCCUAGAUUUGUGAAAGACAUUAUGACUUCCCUGUUUGAAUAUACAUUAUGCGUCUGUAUUAUCUUGAACACUAUGGUUGUUGCGGAUAUUCCAAGCAAUGAAACAUCAUCUUCCCGUCAGAAGAAACUACUUCCUAUAUUCCAGGUCAUAAGUUUCCAGAACACCAAUUGUAAUGGAUCAAGUUCUACUAGAGUGGGUACUUGUUACACAAGUGACGAAUGCGAAUCCAAAGGUGGUUCUUCCUCUGGGACUUGUGCGUCUGGUUAUGGCGUUUGUUGUGUCUUUAAUUUGAAUUGCGGUUCAACUUUUUCUGAGAACUGCACCUACUUGACUCAACCGUCCACUUCGACAGUCAGCUCCUCUUGCGUCUACAACAUCUGCAAGUGCUCUUCCGAUAUUUGCCGCAUUAGGUUCGAUAUGACCACGUUCUCCAUCGGCGGGCCAGUCGUUGGAACUACCGAAACAGUGGCCUCCAAUGCCGGCGCCAUUGGAGAUUGCACGACUGAUCAGUUCUCAGUGACAGCCCCUGGUGGUGUGGGAUCACCGGUCAUUUGCGGCUUCAAUUCAGGACAACACAUCAUCGUGGAUGCGAGUGAUCAGUGUCACAAAGCUGCUUUCACUUUGUCAGGCUCAGCAGCGACACGAUCUUGGGAUAUCAAAGUUACCCAAUACAAAUGUUCCCAAGAAGAAGGUGGACCCGAUGGUUGUUUGCAAUAUUUCACGGGAACAUCUGGAACAAUUUCAAGCUUCAAUUUUCCAACUUCGUCUGCUGCAGUGUCCGCACAGACCACUCAUUUAUCCAAUCAAUGCUACAACAUAUGCAUCCGAAGAGAAUCUGGACGUUGUGCCAUUUGCUACGUGCCUAACUUUGCUGACUCCAUUGCCGGCGCCAUCGAAUCGUCACAGGUUGCCUUUGGAUUAAGCUUAAGCCCGGAUGCCGAUGUAAAAAGUGCCACUGGUUCUGCAUGUACAACGGACUAUUUGUUGAUUCCCGGAGCACAAGAUGUGAUCGGACCGGCAACGCCUCUUGCUCAGGAGGUCGCGAUGAGUGGUCUAGAAGGUCGAAUCUGUGGGAGAGUUUUGUCCUCCAUAGUUGACAAAGCACUGACAGAUGCCUAUGUCGUGGCUGACCCAACGAAGCAAAUCUCCGUUUGUUCCCAAGCCACACCGUUUGUAAUUACGUUCAAAACGGAUAAUAAUGAGGCUGAAACUGCCAUAACCGACGCUACGACGGCAGAGGUCAAGACGGCACCUGGAGGAAUAAUUGGAUUCAGCCUGAACUAUCAACAGCUUGCCUGCUAAAAAAACAUCUCGUUCACAUUGGAUUUUUGGAGCAGAUUUGAAUUAAAUUACAAUAUCAAUGGAAAAGUUAAAUAAAUGAUCAUAUAUUUUGCAUAA